AACAAAAUAUCAAAAUAAAAACAAUGGACCUGCAAUUCGACAGUGAGACCUAUUGGAACCGAUCCUCCAGAGUGGCGUUCAGUUUUGAUGAUGAGGACGAGGUGGACCUCGCGCCGGAGUUGACCAGCAAUGGAAUCCUCGCCGACGACACCAUCUCGGAGGCCAGCUUCAACAACAGUGCCACCCUGAACCUCUCCAUUAAAUCCAUUUUAAGCGAGGAUGCCCUAAAACUGGUGCUCCAAGAGCAGGCACUGGACGACAGGGUCCUACCAAAGGGAGUUUCGCCGGAGGAGGAGCUCAAACUGCUGCGCCGCCAACUCCAAAGCACUCUGUAUAGUCCAAAUCUUGAAGCCACGGCCCAGAAGUUGUUGCAGGGAAAAACGGCUCCUUUAGAGAUGUUUAAGUCACUGCAGGAAAAGCAGCAGCUGCUGGACACCCUUCUGGUCCAAGGUGGUGGUCAUGCUGUCAUCACCGUGUUGCUUUUUCUCAAGAGGACCCUAAAUUCGAUUCAGUUUUAUGGAAUUCUAAGGGAGCGUCCCAAGGCUUUGGAGCAGUAUCUGAGUUAUCUGAAGGAAAGCGGCGAUUUGGCCAGCCAUAUAGAGUUGCUGCAGCGAUUUGGACGCCACCAGGAGGCGGCUCUUAAACAGUUCCAAGCUGCCUUAGCGGCCGGAGAUCUAAGCAUCAGAAAAAAGCAUCUCCAGCUGUUGGUUGAUGCCUAUGCCACUGCGGGAGUGGGUAUUAUACCGCUCUACGAACAAGUUUUCCAUGCUGCUCUCAAGAUGCAGCAGCUAAUGGAGAAGGAGAAUGGCCUGAGCAAACAGCUCCAAGAUCAGCCCACGCCUAUUGAAGUACUAUAUGCCUGCUGCCAGGCCAACAGCAACUGGAAGGAGCAGGAUAUGCUUAAGUCUGUAUCGCCUCAGCGAUUUGCCGCCGAUCAGCAAAUUUCCGCAGCUCAGUACGAGUGGACUGCUCUCAAUGAACGGGCACAGGCCCAGGCGUAUGCAGAUCUGGAAUGCAUAUUCGAACGUGUGCCCAGUUGGCAUCCUCUGAAGACCAAGCAGUUCCACAUCAGCUUCGAUCUGACUAUAGCCGUUCUUCGUCUCUACGAACUGCAAGCUCCGUCUACCGUUCUCCAGCUAUUUCUUUCCAAGAUGGGCAAUAGUGGGGAGAAACUGGACCUAGCUAGGCGGGUGAAGUGCAUCAAGGCGGUGAUCGAUGCUAUGGCCGGGAUGAAACAACAGCAGGAACUGCAGCAGCUGAAGGACACCUUGCCCGAGCGUUCCGAGGAACAGUUCUACUGCGAGAACGCCCUGAAAACAUUACAGAGCAAGCGAUGGACAACCGACAACAUCAAGCUCAAACUGUAGAUUCGUCUUUUUUUUAUUUGUAUAAACGUAUUUUAUUGUUAAUCAUAUAUAUGUGUAUAUAAUUAUAUUAAUUCUACUCUGGUUUCAUUAAAUAAUUGCAAAUCACAAGCUGAAUAUCGAAUAAAAAACAAAAAAUGUGUA